AAAUGACUUAUUAGUCUUAUUAUAUAUUGAUUGGAGCAAACUCAUCCGAUUUAUAUUCAUUUUCCUGAUAUUAUCCUCCUUUGUCACCUCACAUUAGUCUGAUACAAAAUUAGCAGCAAACUAUGGAUUCAUCAAAAAUCACUCUCCGUCCAUACAGAUCAACGGACGUUGAUGAUGUACUCUCAUGGGCAUCUGAUGAUCGCAUAACCCUAUCCACCCAUUUCAGCACGUUGACUUCCAAUGAGGCUGCGUUGAACUUCAUCAACAACUCCUCCAUACCUUGGCGUCGAUCCAUAUGCAUCGACGAUCGAUCGAUCGGGUUGGUGGUGGCCCGACCUGGAUCGGGUGAUGACAGAUGUCGAGCUGAGAUAGGAUAUGUUUUAGGAUUUGAGUAUUGGGGACAGGGGAUUACAACGGAGGCUGUGAAGAUGGCAAUUCCUUUGAUUUUGGAAGAGUUCCCUGAAAUAGUAAGGCUUCAAGCAUUAUCUAAUGCUGAGCAUAAAGCAUCGCAUAGAGUGUUAGAGAAGGCUGGGUUUACAAAAGAUGGUACCUUAAGAAAGUAUUUAUACUUUAAAGGUGAAAUCAAGGAUGUUGUACUUUAUAGUUUUCUUUCUUUCCACUGAUCCUAUACCUUCAUGAACCUUCAACUUCAUCCGUCGAUAGUCUAUUGAAAAUAACCGAUGUAUUAUGUUAGUAUUGCGAGACUCUACUUGUACUUGUAUAUGGUAUAUUAUACCUUCAUGAAAAUUAAAGAUAUAUGUUUUCUA